AUGCCAUUCACGCAAUCCGAACCGACGACCAGAGCUCCUGUUGACCUGCAGGUACCCACCACCCCGUCGUCGAACACGUGCACCAGUGCCCCCUCGUCGUCCGUCUCCGUUCGACACUGUCGUCGCGUCCUCGUGGUCGGUGACGGCAACUUUUCCUACUCGUUGGCGCUUCUAAACCAGUUCCAACAACAACAACAGAGUGACGACCCCAACGAAGUGGUGGACCUCAUUGCCACAUCCUACGACAGCUUCGACGAGUUGGUGGCCAAAUACCCCGAGAGUCGACGCAUUUGCGCCCAAUUGCGGGCGAGAGGGGCGACCGUCUGGCACCGCGUGGACGCCACGAACCUCCGCGAGUCGCUCGUGGCCGCAGGGGCCACACCACAGCAGCUGCGCUUCCAGUCAGUGAUCUUCAACCACCCGCACGUUGGCGAAGAGAACGUGCGACGGCAUCAGAGCCUCUUGUCGCACUUUUAUGCGUCGGCUUUAGCUGUGCUGGAGCACAAGGAGCAGCAGAGAGAGCUGAAGAAGGAGCUGAAGGAGACGAGGGAUGGGAUCUUUUUGACUUUGGCAGACGGACAGCCCGAGCGGUGGCAGGCCGUGCACCGGGCGCUGCGGAGCGGACUCGUGUUGUACCGGGAGGUCGCUGAUGUCGACCGUGACGAGGUGUUUGGUCUCGUCUACGACCGCAAACGACACCAGAACGGCCGGUCGUUUUAUCAGGUGACGCUCUACGGCGAGAAGCGCGCGCAGAAGAGCACACUGUUUAUCUUUCGACGACCGGAGAGCGGUGUGACGACAAACGCUGUGGCAGUGAAUGCGACGAGCACGAGCACUGCGGAGAUUGUGUGUUGUCGCGACGAGAAGACUGCGACGUCUCGAAAGCGGAAGGCCGAGCGCGACCACGGGCUGGAGUUUGCCUGUACGCAGUGCGACCGAAGCUUCAAGUCGACGCAAGGACUGAGAACGCACGUGCACAUGGUGCACGAACUCGGAGCCAGUGGUGCAGGGCAAGAGGUUGUGCUUCAUUGCAAGUUGUGCAGCCGCACGUUCAAGACAGAGGACGCCAAGCGACAGCACGUGCUCGCGAAACACGGCAAAGAUCCGCUGAUUCAGCCAGACUGGUUCCAAAAGCAGCAGCAGCAGCACGAAGCUACGAGUGCCGCCAGUGAUCCGACGGCACUGUCUCCUUCGAGUACCGACGGACUCACGGGCGUGAUCACUGGACCAGCAGCACCACUUGCCAAGGCAAAGACGUGUGCGAUAUGUGAGCUCUCGUUCGCGACGGUCGAAGACUUUGACGCCCACUGGCAGGAGCUCCGGCCACGAUCAGCAGUGAAGCGCAAGUGUACCAACUGCAGUCGCGAAUUCCACGAGGAGCGUGCGCUACGUCAACAUCAAAACUUCUGUGGCCAGAAAGAGACCGACCGAGUGAUCGAAGACACUGACACGUAA